AUGUCUACAACAAGAAAGAAGGCUCUUCUAAAGGUUAUCAUCUUGGGAGAUUCAGGAGUAGGCAAAACUUCUUUAAUGAAUCAAUAUGUAAAUAAAAGAUUUAGUAAUCAAUAUAAGGCUACCAUUGGAGCAGAUUUCCUCACUAGAGAUGUGCAAAUUGACGACAGAACUGUUACUUUACAAAUAUGGGAUACUGCUGGACAAGAAAGAUUCCAAUCUUUAGGAGUUGCUUUCUAUCGUGGAGCAGAUUGUUGCGUGCUCGCUUUUGAUGUCACUAAUCCCAUGAGUUUCAAGAGUUUGGAUUCAUGGCGAGAUGAGUUCCUCAUUCAGGCCAACCCACGUGAUCCCGAAAAUUUCCCAUUCGUUUUACUCGGAAAUAAAGUUGACUUGGUAAAUAACAGAGCCGUGAGUGCCAAGAGAGCUGGUUCUUGGUGCGAGAGCAAGAGUAACAUUCCUUAUUUCGAAGUAUCCGCAAAAGAAGCUGUUAAUGUGGAAAAAGCAUUUAAGGCUAUCGCUUGUAACGCCUUAGCUAGAGAAUCUCAGGAUGUGCAUGACUUCCCCGACUUCCCAGAUCAAAUCCGCUUGGAUCAACCAGCUCCUACUUCGAAUUCAGGAUGCAGCUGUUAA